AUGCACUCCCACACCAUCGACGCUCUUCCUUCCUACAACAACGAUAUGCCUAUCUUCAACCUCGCCAUGACCUUCAUCUGGGGGGCUGCUGAGCUGCUCAUCUCCCUCGGCUUCAUCACUGCAUUCUCCUUCAUGGUCUGCUACGGCUUUGGUGCAGUCAUGGAACCCAAGGACACUCCUGUCGACGAUGAGUCCGACGUACCUUCAAAAGAGAACACGGCCGCUUUGUUCAUGUCCGCCAUGCUCAGCGGCUUCCACACCACCUUUGUCUUCUUCGGCCUGCCACUCUUUGGUCACGCCACCGAGUCGUUCGUCAUGCGUCUGAUCUACUCGACCGCCAUUAUCGCCGCCUUGACAACUGCAGUCGCUCUCAGCACCAUUCUUGUCUACCUCGUCGCUCCUAUCGUAUCCUCCUGUUGGAGCGGCGUCGCCAGACGCUUCAGAAAGACUCCUGCACAGGACCAACAAGACAUCGAAGCUCAGCAUGAGCGUGAGGCUUUCCUCGACGAGAAGAAGCUCGCACCCGGGGUUGAGUGA